UGUCAGAAAGCGACCAGAGCUUUGAGGUGACCAUGACAGCCACCACAGAAGUAGCUGACCAUGAGGUGAACGAAGGAACGGUCACUCAGAUUCAGAUCCUUCAGAACGAGCAGCUGGACGAAAUCUCUUCUCUAGCCAACGAAGAAGUCUCGGCUGUCAGUCAGGCCUGGUUCACCACCAAAGAGGACAAGGACUGUCUCACAAACAAAGGUCAUAAGUGGAAGCAGGGCAUGUGGUCGAAGGAAGAAAUCCAGAUUUUGAUGAGCAACAUUGAGCGCUAUCUGAAGGUUCGUGUUUGCUCUCAAUACGUGUCCUAGUUUCAGACGUUGCUCUCUUCGGUCUUUCCGUCAGUGGGAUUCCAUAAGAGCUUUUCCAUCUCUCUUGUAACACACACACACACACACACACACACACACACACACACGUUUCCAGGAAAAAACUCCUUUCCGGGUACUGAUAAGUCCCUUUCGCUCCGUACCUGAAGAGACCAGGCUCUUCCCCUGAGUUUUCAGGAGCUCAUGAAGCAGGAGAUCUGGUUGAGCAGCAUG